AUGGCCUUGCUCAAGGAUGGGAACUGGAGGUGGUGGUCAAAGGAUUUGUUAUCCAAUUAUCCAGUACUUUGCAACUACCUAGUUCGGAAUCCACUGCAGAACAUUCAACUUAGCGGUCGUUUGGGGGUUCAAUUGCAGGACUUCUACUUGGGAAAGGUCCGGGAUGAGAACUACAUGAAAACUCGUUGGCGGGAGUUGGCCAAAAGAAAAUGUUUACCUGAGAAGAAACUUGAGCAGCGUUUGAAGAGUCAGCAGGCACCAUGUGAUUUCUUUUUCAUCAACUUGGACACCUCGUUCAACAAGGAAGAUGACAGCAAAGCGGUCACUGUGGAAAUGGUGGUUGAGGAUGACCACAACUACGAGUUUUUCUUGGAGUGGCUACCCCUCUUUGCAGCGGAUUUACCGUGGCAUUCAGAGAUGAAGGCUAUACAAUAUCGGGCCACACUCAUGGAGAUUCACUCGGCGGAGACACCUCUGUGCCGGCCCAAGAUGAAGUCGGAUUUGGAGGCCAGGGCAUCAAAAGCUGGAGGAUCUGAAGUUCAUUGUCCGCGAAUUGCGUGGCCAUCUGUGGAACAAAGGUCAAAAGUGCACAGAGCCAAGAUGGGCUUGCAGGGUUUUCUGUUAGCAAAGGAGCUAGAAGAAGCAGAACAGUCUCAAAAACACAGUGGUGAGCCCAGCGCACAUGAGCAGUCAAAACAAGACCCUGAAGAAACAUACACCAAAGCACCGGAGCCCAGUGCAAAUAGGGAAGUACAGCCAGAGGAAAAGCGUCAAGAAAACACCAAAGCACUGGAACCCUGUGUAGAUGAGAAACCGCAGCCAGCAGAGCUUGAAGCACAACAUGACAAGCCUGGAGAAGCACAUGGUGAAAACCCCGCAACACCAAAACAUAGUAAAGACAUCGUUGAGAUUCAGGAUGAUAGCCAACAGCAUGAGGUGUUUCAAGACAGCCAAACCCCACCUGAGUGGAAAGAGGAUGCGGCAUUCGCCAAGUCAAUGGAUGAAAUAAAAGAGAUUGCAGAUCCCAAACCAGAUUCCAGCGCCACAGCAGAAGAUGCCCAGCCCGUGACUCCUUGCAAACACUUGUUGAGUGAACUUGAAAGGGAGGAGGAGAGAGAGGAUUUGAAGUCAGAUGAGGAAGACUUGGCAAAGCGCCAAGCUUUCAAGGACCGGGAGCCCCUCUUCGAUUUGGAGAACCUUCCAGAUCUUACAGAACAACAUUUCGAGGAGAUUCCCGAGUUGAAAGGUAUCAAAGAUGAAAAGGCAAAACAAGUAAUCUCGAACUUGAUUUUGCAGUUGCAAAAAGAUACACGAAGAGAUAUGAAUGCAGAGAAGAGAGAAGCCCAGAAAGAACUUGAUGACAAGAGGGCAAAGAAAGAGAAACAAAUCCUUGGGAGAGGAAGGGGGAAAGGUCGUGGCAGAGGCCGGGGAAAGAAGGUCGAAGAAGAAGGCAUUGAGGAAAAAGAACCAGGAAAGUGUACUGACGAAGCUGCUACUUCUGUGGCGGAAGCUGGCUUGCAGAAACUGCGCGCGUCAUGGCUCGAGGAGGCUGGAAGGGGGAAAUUUAGAAAUGGAUGA